AUGACACAGAGAGUCCAAAUCGCUGAUUUACCUGCUUUGCAAGAGUAUGAAAUAAUUAUAGAUUCUCCAUUGUUUUCUCUUUUACCCGAAUCAUGUACUACAACCGAAGCAACAUCAAUAAAUCCUCAAGAACACAGACUUUUUCUUGAUGAACAGUUUUUUGCUCCAGGACAGGCGUAUCGUAUGUAG